AUGGCUAUUACCAAGAUCCACGCUCGUUCCGUCUACGACUCUCGUGGAAACCCCACGGUCGAGGUUGAUGUCGUCACCGACACUGGCCUCAACCGUGCUAUUGUUCCCUCUGGAGCUUCGACCGGCCAGCACGAGGCUUGCGAGCUUCGCGACGGCGACAAGACCAAGUGGGGCGGCAAGGGUGUCACGAAGGCUGUUGAGAACGUCAACAACAUUAUCGGCCCUGCCCUGAUCAAGGAGAACAUCGACGUCAAGGACCAGUCCAAGGUUGAUGAGUUCCUCAUCCAGCUUGAUGGCACCCCCAACAAGACCAAGCUUGGUGCCAACGCAAUCCUCGGUGUCAGCUUGGCUGUUGCCAAGGCCGGUGCCGCUGCCAAGGGUGUCCCUCUGUUUGCCCACGUAUCCGACCUCGCCGGAACCAAGAAGCCUUAUGUCCUCCCUGUCCCCUUCAUGAACGUCCUGAACGGAGGUUCGCACGCCGGUGGUCGCCUGGCCUUCCAGGAGUUCAUGAUCGUGCCCUCCGCUGCUUCCUCUUUCACCGAGGCCAUGCGCCAGGGUGCUGAGGUCUACCAACAGCUGAAGGGUCUUGCCAAGAAGAAGUACGGCCAGUCGGCUGGCAACGUCGGCGACGAGGGUGGUGUCGCCCCCGAUAUCCAGAGCGCCGAGGAGGCUCUUGAGCUGAUCACGGCCGCCAUUGAGGCUGCUGGCUACACUGGCAAGAUGAACAUCGCCAUGGAUGUUGCCUCGACCGAGUUCUACAAGGAGGAGGAGAAGAAGUACGAUUUGGACUUCAAGAACCCCGAGAGCGACAAGUCCAAGUGGAUCACCUACGAGCAGCUGGCCGCCAUGUACAGCGACCUUUGCAAGAAGUACCCGAUCGUCAGCAUCGAGGACCCGUUCGCUGAGGACGACUGGGAGGCCUGGAGCUACUUCUACAAGACCCAGGACAUCCAGAUUGUUGCCGACGACUUGACUGUCACCAACCCCCUUCGCAUCAAGAAGGCCAUCGAGCAGAAGGCUGCCAACGCUCUGCUCCUCAAGGUCAACCAGAUCGGUACCCUGACCGAGUCUAUCCAGGCUGCCAAGGACUCUUUUGCCGACGGCUGGGGCGUCAUGGUCUCGCACCGCUCGGGUGAGACGGAGGAUGUGACCAUUGCCGACAUUGCGGUCGGUCUCCGUGCCGGUCAGAUCAAGACCGGUGCUCCCGCUCGCUCGGAGCGUCUUGCCAAGCUCAACCAGAUCCUCCGCAUUGAGGAGGAGCUCGGCUCCAACGCUGUCUUUGCUGGCGAGAGCUUCCGCAAGGCCAUUAACAUGUAA